AUGAGCGUCGCAGCUGAGCACGUCCCGAGGGAUGACUUACACGGCCCGGGUAAGCUGCCGUUGAGGACGAAAUCCGAAACGGCUGACUCGACUGCCGGCGUCAAUACCCCUUUAUCAAGCAACCCCCUGGCUAUACCCGACACCCAGACGGUUCUUCUCCUCCACGCAACACGGCAGCCGUAUGUUUUACAGGAUGGAUAUCCCGUUCCCGCAUCACAACAUGACCGGGAGGUUCUCGUCCGGAACCGUGCCAUUGGCCUCAACCCGAUGGACUGGAAGGCGCCUGAUUUCAACUUUGGUAUCCCAGUACUGCCCUACAUCUCUGGUCGAGAGCUAGCCGGCGAAGUUGUGGACCCUGGGCAGUCAUCCCGAUUCCAGUCCGGCGAUAAAGUAAUCGUAAUCUCAACUGACUACCGCGACCUGCGCAAAGCCGCCUACCAACAGUACGCCAUCAGCCUCGACUACAACACCGUCCGCCUGCCCCCGCAUCUCUCCUUCGAAGAGGGUGCCACCCUCGGCGUAGCCUUUGUCGUGGCCGCCCUAUCCAUCGGCGUCAACAUGGGGCUGGACUUCUCCCACGUGCACGACGGGCCGGACCUGUACACCCUGCUGCGGUCGUUGCCGCCGGAGUCGAUCCCGGCUGAUGUGAGAGAGGAGUGUUUGGGGAAUUUGGAGGAGGGGGAUAGGGCUAGGCCGGGGGAUUGGGUUGCUGUUUGGGGGGCAUCAUCUACAUCAGCCAACCUGAUCCUCCAACUCGCCCGUCUCGCCGGCCUGCGCACCAUGGCCAUAGCCGACACCGCUAAGCACGGCCUGCGCCUGUCCCAUCACCCAUCCCUCAAACCCGACCUGCUAGUCGACAGCCACGAUCCGGCGCGGGCAGUGGAUAUCAUCCGGGCGACUAAUGGGAAUGGGAAUGGGACCGGGGGACUGCGCUUCGGGAUAGACACCAGAGGACGAGAUUCCGCUGCGUGGUUGAUGCGCGCGUUGGAUGACACGAUACCUCACGUGGAAGUCGACCAACCCCCCUCACCCCCAUCCACGCCCGACCGCAACCGCAACGACAAACCCACCCCCCCAACAACCCUCCCCCCGUCAACAAUCCCCCAAACCAAAACCGCCCCCAAAAAAUCCCACCUCAUAGGCCUAACCGGCCUCCCCAACCCCCCCUUCCCACCCCCUUACCAAAACGAUAACACACCAAACUUCCACACAAUCCCCAUAAAACUCUUCCACGACCUUCCCGCCCUAGGCGAAGCCCUCGUCCUCUGGCUGGAGCGUUUACUCGCCCACGGGUUGAUCGCGCCGGCGGAUAUCAUUGACAUACAGCAGGGCGGACUGGGGAGUGUUAACGCGGGUUUGAAUCGGAUGAGGGGGGGGGAGAUUAGUGGGGGGAAGUUGGUUGUUCGGGUUGAGUAG